AUGGGAAAUGCGCCAUCCACCGCCGGAGAUGGACCCGAUACGAGCGAGGACGUCACGGACCGGACGUCAGCUCUGAACUUCGACUUGGCGUUCCAGAUCGUUCGGUUUUGCUCCACUCGAGACUCGGCGUCCGUUGCGUGUACGUGCAGGGCGCUGAGAGACAUGCAGAGGGACUCCGACCAGCUUUGGUGGAAACCAGUGACGUACCAGCUCGCGCGGGAGUCCAAGUUGUACGUCUCGGAGAUCGAGCACAGCGGUCUCCCCGUGUCGGGCGGCACGUGGCGUCGCGAGUUUUCCCGCCUCUGGACGUGCCGCGACCGAUGGCGAGAGGCCGCCGAAGAGGGCGACGCGAACGGCGAACACGGAGACGAGACCCCCGAGGAUAGGCUCGCGCGCCUGACGGACGCGGAGGGCGAGGCCUUCGACGCCCGGAACGAGGCUGCGCGGUUCGAGGCUGGCUCCAUCCGGGUCGGCGUCCGCAUGCGUCCCAGGGGGAUCGGCGCCGCGGUGACUGGCCCGGGGUCCAACGCGGGCCAGGGGAUCGUCCUACCCCUGCACCAGAGGCUGCGCAUGAUCAAGGCGCAGCGCGGCGCGGGGACCACCACCGCGGACGCCAUGCGGGUGCUCAUGAUGGACAGCGGCAGGGGAGAGGAGGCGUCCAGGAGUCCCUGGGCGGAUGCGGCGGUGUGCGAGAAGAUGGACAACGGCGGCGCCGCCCUCGGCGACCUGACCAACGUCGAUAAGGCCGAGAAGAAACACGACGACGCCGCGGUGAAGGAGAAGGGAGUCGCGGAGGGGUACGACUUCACCUGCGGCAUCCUCGAGGUUGACGAGAAGGGCGGCCGAGUGAUGGCGGUGGCGCCGGGCGUCGGCCUCCGAGAGUUUGCCUUUGACGCCGUCUACUCCGAUCGGGCCACGCAGCUCGACGUGUACGAACAGUCCGCGCGCGCGCUCGUCGCCGACGUGAUUAACGGUAUCAACGCCACCAUUGUCGUGUACGGACAGACGGGCAGCGGUAAGACUCACACCAUGUUUGGCGAACUCGACCAAAAUUCGGAGAGUAGGGGCCUCGUGCCCAGGGCGUGCGAGGAAAUAUUCGCGGCGGCGGCGGACAGGAAGCGCGCCCUGGGCGUGACUUCCAAGAUCGCCGUGUCGUACGUGGAGAUUUUCGGCGACGAGAUGACGGAUUUACUCCGGGGCGGCGCUCCGGUGGGCAACUCCCGCGUCGCCGGCCACGGGUACAUCCUGGACGGCAGCACCGAGAUUCGGGUCGCCGACAUCGAGGACGUUCGGAGGGCGCUCGAGGAUGGGGACGCGCAGAAGAGGCGCGCGGCGACCGCUAUGAACGCGAGAUCAUCCCGCGCGCACGCUGUCUUCACCGUGUCCCUCGUGCAGACGGACGACGAGACGGGGAAGGAGAUGCGAUCCCGACUGUUCCUGGCCGACUUGGGAGGAUCCGAACGCCUGAAAAAGUCGCGAGCGCACGAAGGCGUAGCCGCCCCCGGGACGGUCUCCUGGGUGGAGUACUACGAGAGCAGACGACGGCUGACGGAGGCGUUGAACAUCAACUCCGGGCUCCUGGCGCUGAAGCGGUGCGUCGACGCCCUUCACGAGGCGCGCAAGUGCGAAGAGGAAGGGACGCCUCCGCCCCACGUCCCCUUUCACGAUUCCAAGCUCACCGCGCUGCUCGCGCCGGCGCUCGGGGGCAACAGCAAAACGGCGGUGGUGGUCACGUGCGCCCAAGAGCACGAACACGCGGCCGAGACCACCCAGUCCCUCAGGUUCGGGGAGAAGUGCUCGUCGGUAGAGACCAGGGCCAGGGUCGGCGCGGACGAUAUCGCCAACGCGAUUGCGAAGCUCAACGGGAAAAUCGCGGAUUGCGAGGAGAAGAUUCGGGCGGUGGAGCGCUGGGAGACGGUCAAGACGACGCGAAGGGACGAGGUCGAGGACAAGGAUGAGGUCGUGAUGACGAGUAAGCUGGUCGGAGCAGAAGACCUUCGCGAGGAGUUGGAGGCGAUGCUAGCGGAGCGACGAGCGUUGCGAAGCCGGGCAGCCGCGUGAUGUCUCGAGGGAUGAUGAAGAAUGCGUGCCUUGCUUGUAAAUUACGUGGAUCUUAAACUAAACUUGCUAAUCUUAAAGGUUCUGAAACUGAAAUC